AUGGGAGAUUACGCCACUGUCACCUGCAAUGAAACGACAAUAACCGUGGAGUUGGCAAAGUCUUCCUUCAUCAAAAGCAAGGAAAACCAUUUGCAUCUAAUUGACUGGUUGGAUUCUUCCUGCAGCCUGAGACGUCAUUCGAACGCGACCCACCUGGUGGCGGUCAUCCCCCUGAACGGCUGUGGGACUCGGGUUGAGGAGGACGACGACAACAUCAUCUUUGAGAACAUGAUCACAUCAGCUGAUCCCAAUAAAAUCAUUUCCAGGCACCAAGACAUUGAGAUCAAUUUUUCCUGCGCCUAUCCAAAGCGAGCCAACCUGACUCUGGGAUUCACACACAAAAACCCGUACUUCUUUAACGAGAGAGGAUUCAGCUCCUUCACCUUCCAGUUUGAGUUCUUUGAGAGUCAGCGUUUCAGGAAGCAGGUARACGCCAGCAGCUACCCGGUGGAGGUUUACCUGAAGCAGAUGAUCUUCAUGCAGAUCGAGGCCACCUCGUCCAUCCCMAACACUGAGCUGUUUGUGGAGUCCUGCAGGGCGACUCCCUAYGACAACCCCAACUCCCGCACCAGCUACACCAUCAUCGAAAACGGAUGUGUGAAGGACGAAACUGUGCAAAUCUUCCCAAGCUCCAAGUCUAAUUUCAGAUUUGGUAUGGAGGCUUUUGAGUUUAUUGGAGCUCAUGAGGAGGUCUACAUCRCCUGCUCGGUCCUCCUGUGCGAGAGCAGCAAUCCUGAAACUCGAUGCUCUCAGGGAUGCAUCAGAUCCGACUCACUGAACCAUCGCAGGAGGAGAGACGCUCCGGCCCAGACAAGCAGGCACUCCAUUUCCCAGGGUCCUUUGCGCCUCCUUAGGCAUUCCGACACCAAAGUUUCAGAUCCAGGUUCAGGCCCAGGCCUGUAUCUGGGCCUGAACCUGGUCUUUGCCGCCUGCUGCCUGKUGGUUUGCGGUCUGGUCGUCUACCGAUCAAGAAGAACCAGAGCUAAAUAUCAACGCCUACCAGCUGCUGACUCUCCAGUCGACUCUGAUCRCCCAGUAGAUUAAGAAGAUGGAUCUUCUAUAUUUUCUUUUUAGUUAAAMAGUUUUAAAUUCUGGUUUGAGGGUUUAGGUUCUUUCUUGAGGUUUUCUUGGUUUGGUUUGAGUUGCAUGGCAAAAGGGAAUUAUAUGAUUUUAAUGAUUUAUAAGCUUUGAUUUGACAAAUUG